AUGCAUGAAGGAAAUCUACAACAUGUGAAUUUUUCAUCUAAUACUCAACAAAUAUAUUCAACUACGGAAUUAUCUGAUGUCGUUGAUCCAUCGGAACAAAUUCAAAUCAUUGCUCAACCGGAAAAAGAGUACCAUCCACGAUAUCGAACCGAUUUUAACAAAGAGAAAAGGCGUGCAUUACGAUAUAUUCGUUCCGAUGAAAAAAGUAUGGAAUAUCCAACAAUCAAAAUUCCAUCAAUCUAUUGCAAUGCGAAUUUAAAAUUAUAUAUUCGUGUGUGUUUAAUAACAGUUCCUAACUCGAAAACUUCAAUUCAAUACAUCCAUCCCUAUUCGUUGGACACACCGGAACUACCUGUAGAUGGCGUUAUUCGGAAUUCUAUAGAUAACGCCAUUUAUUUCAAAAUAACACAAGCGGAUAUAGACUCAGCUGGUGUAAAAAGGUUUAUUCGACUAAUGCUUGUCAAGUCUAAACAAGACAUACUGAAAUUAUAUGGUCCCUUACGAGCAUUCAGAAAUUUGAACGAAAAUCAUGCUCUUAUUGAAAACAAUCAGACAUGCAUCCAGAAUGCUAAAGAAAUGAUUAAAUAUUAUGAUUUAUCCAAAUCACAAUUAGUCUUUACCAUAUGUCAACAACAGAAUGAUGAUUCAUCGAAAUUCUAUUCAUUUCCGGAAACAUCAGCUUAUUCAGAAAUAAUGACAGAAGAAAGCGAGCAGGAUAUACAAAGAAAGCGAGCAGCAAAAGAUGAACAUGUUAUUUGUCGUGUACACAAAUAUGCACCAAAAAUGGGAGGUUGUUUGGGCAAUGAUGUUAUUCUACUAUUUCUUACAACAAGAAUCGAUAAGAACAAUCUACAAAUACAUUUUGAAACAUCUGAAUGGUUGGCACAGGUUAACAAUGAAGAUAUCGAUAUUGAGGAUAGAAUGAUAUCGUUUAAAUCUCCGUCUUAUCUAAAUCAAAAUUUAAAUGUACCUGUCAGUACCGAGAUUAUUUUAGCACAGAAUCAAAUCGUAUUUCAACGUUUACAGUUUUAUUAUAUGCCCCAAAAUGUUUUGUACGCAAAUAUAUAUUGUAAAAAUUGUCAAAUAUCGGAGGCAAAAUACAAUAGUUUAUUAUUUUCAAAAUUAUUAUCACCAAGUGAUUUAUCACCAAAACGUACUUUUAUGUCAUUUGUGGCUGGACAAUUGAAAGAUGGAGAAUUAAAUCAAGUUCCAUCAGAAUCAAUUGAGUCACAUUCGACUGUGGUAUGUGAUAUGUCAUUAGUUGUACUGUAA